AAUUUGCCUCAAUUUCUCAUCAAAUCUUCAACUCGACUUUCCCAUCUUAACCACCCAUACAACUCUAGAGAGCACUGACAUUCUUCAUUCAGCAUCAGACUCAAGAGCCUAACACAAUCCAUACAUAUCAUCAAUGGCUGCAACAAUGGCUACAAUGGCUGUGCUUAAUGCUAAGUGUUUGAGCAUCAACACAACCAAAAACAUCAACCACAACAAACCAACCAUCCAAAACCUCCCAAAAGGUCUGGCCAUCUCAAAACCGGCUGACAAUUCAGCCGCACUAGCUGGUACUGCUAUUGCAGGAGCAAUCUUUUCAACUUUGAGCUCCUGUGAUGCAGCUUUUGCAGCACAACAAAUAGCCGAAAUAGCAGAAGGUGACAACCGUGGCUUAGCACUAUUGCUACCAAUCAUACCAGCCAUCGGUUGGGUGCUCUUCAACAUUCUCCAACCCGCACUGAACCAAAUAAACAAGAUGCGUAGCACCAAGGGAGUGAUAAUCGGGCUUGGACUCGGUGGAUUGGCUGGGUUGAUGUCAAUGCCACCACAUGCAUCGGCUAGUGAAAUUGCGAUGUUGGCUGAUGCUACAAAUGACAACAGGGGCCAGCUUCUGCUGUUUGUUGUUGCUCCAGCGAUUCUGUGGGUGCUCUACAACAUUCUUCAACCGGCUUUGAACCAAAUCAACAGGAUGAGGUCUUAGGGAGAGAUCGAUGAAUGGAUUUUGUAGGGUGUGAUAUAUGCAACAAAAUUAUUAUUUGUGUAAUUGCACCUAUUGUUAAUGAACUACUUUUUUUUUCUUUUUCCCGAGUUGAAUUGUAAUUAAAGUGCUCAGAUCAGAUCAGAAAUGGUUAUGUCUCAUCACCUCUUCUUGUUUACUUAAUGGUAGAUUGAUAUAAUAUGUAUAAUUGGGGUA